AUGGCCCUUGCUUCUGCAUUUAAGGCUUUGUGGCUGUCUAUCUUGUUCAUCACCGUUGCAAGUCGUCCUACAGUCAUGCCAAAGGUUUUCAACGUCCGACGCUAUGGUGCUAAAUCUGACGGAAAAACUGAUAACGCCAAUGUGUUUACAAAUGUAUGGAAAAGCGCAUGCGCAAGAGGUGGAAGUAGUAAAAUCUAUGUACCGAAAGGAACAUUCUAUCUCGGUAGUGUAGAGUUUGUGGGACCAUGCCAAAAUCAGAUUGAAUUCGUCAUCGAUGGAACUUUAUUGGCUCCUUCAAACCCUAGAGAUAUUAAGAAGGACACAUCGAUCAACUUCAAGUACAUCAACGAUCUCUAUAUCUCUGGUACAGGUACACUCGAUGGUCAAGGGAAGCAAUCUUGGCCACUCAAUGACUGCCACAAAAACACCAAUUGUCCUAAACUAGCUAUGAAUAUGGGAUUUGCAUUCGUGAACAAUUCAAGAAUCGAUGGGAUAACAUCACUCAACAGCAAAAUGGGACACUUAACCUUCUUCUCCGUCCACUACUUCAACAUUACUGGUGUAACACCCCCGUUCUCGCUAGCGCGCAGAACGAAGCUUCGGAAGUUUGGCCGCGCGCGGAGGAGUUCCCGACGUCCAAAAGUUACGAUCUUGAUAUGGAAAGAUAGAUACUUGAGUCAUGCAUCACGUCGAAGUGGAAUGAAGCCAUUUGGAUCAACUAUGAGGCCUAGACUUAUUUUCUACCGAGACAUGUCCGGUAAGCGAGUAAACGAAGCCCAUGGAGGAUUUGGAGUGUCUAAUGGCCCGAGCAGCAGCGCCAAAGGCCUUGAUCGAAUAGAGAAGAGGCCUGGCUAA